GGUUGCUGACUCACUCGCUGACGCGGAUCGGGCGGAAGAGAACGAGGAGAAGAAGAGCUGCGGGGGGGAUUAGGGUUUCGAAUUCUAGGGUUUUUAGGCGAAGGGGGAGGCUUCGUUUGAGAUCGAGUGGAUUCGGGUUUGGAUUCCUGGACGCAAUUUUCGGUAAAUUUUGAGCUUUCUUGCGAUUUCUUGGUUGUGAUUUCUCUCAUUCUCGCUGUUUAGGGUUUGCUCUGGGGGAAUCGGAGAUAGAGGGUGAGGUAGGGGUUGGUUUUCAAACAAUUUGAUUCUUUUGGGUGGUGGUUCGGCGUUGGGGGUGGUGGGAUUGGAGGUGGAUUAGGGUUAGGGUUUCGUGUUGGCUGUUGGAUUACGGUUGAAUUUUUUUUUGCGGUGUUUGGUGGAUUGGGGGUCUCUUGGGCCAUUGUUUGUCUCUGGACUAGACUUUUGCAUCAGUGGAGGGAAAAUUGUUCAGCAGCUAGGGCUUUGUUGGUGUGGUGUUAGUCUGGAUCUACUUUGAUUCUUUUUGCAAUUUUGAUCUGAAUCGAGCGGCAGAGGCUGUUCAGUGGUCUUUAAUUUUUAGCCUUUUGUGAAGUUCUGGCUUUUCUUAUUCAUUGAAAGUUAUAUUGAGAUCUUGAUACACGGAAAUCACAAACUAAUCAUUUGUAAAUUAGAAGGGGGCACAAAUUGUCUGGAUUCUGAAAGAAGUGAUCUUGGUGGGGAAUUUGAAUUCCAAGAGACAAGCUUCACAAAAAGGUGAAAUUUGGAGUAUUUACUAGUAUUAGAUGGUGUUGAAGUGAUUAUGGCAUGCAUUGCACGCUAAAGUUUCUUGAAUUGGAUCUAUGGCACAGACUGUUCUUGUGGAAUAUACUGAAGAGAAAGAGUUGAAGAGGAAAUCAAGGGAUCUUUCGUUUGUAAUGAUGGGUAAAUCGCAGAAGUUUUCGAAAGGGUACAAUUCUGGUUUUGUUCCGGAUUACCGUCAUACUGUGGAGACCAUGGGGGAUUCGGAGGGGUUUGAUUACUUGGGUGGGGUGGACUGUGAGGAAUUUUGCCCGCCAAAGAGGAAAUGCAUUAGUUUAAAUGAGGAUAGACUCGAUGUUUGCAGUGUUCCAACGGAAGUUAUUUCUCUGUCCAAGCUGUCAGCUGCUGAGAGAAAGGAGUUGCAGAUGAGAUUUACAGAAGAGCUCCAGCAGGUCCAAGCAGUUCAUAAGAGGAUACUGUCUAUGAGUGUGAAAGGUGGAAAUGCAAUUUCAGUUUCAUCAAUCAAUCAAGGUCAUAGCAAUAAAAGGGAUUCUGCUGCACAGAAUGGUGCCAAUUUAAAGCGUGGGGUUACAGGAAGGUUUGUAUCAGCAAAGCGGGCUCCUGCUAUUCCUCCUGUUAGCAGUUCUCAUGCCAUGUUGAUGAAGCAGUGUGAGGUGAUUCUUAAGCGUGUGAUGUCUCACCAAUAUGGAUGGGUGUUCAAUACACCAGUUGAUGUGGUUAAGUUGAACAUUCCAGAUUACCACACAAUUAUUAAGCAUCCAAUGGAUCUUGGCACAGUCAAGAGUAAAAUUGCUUCCAGUGCCUAUUCUAGCCCAUGGGAUUUUCUCGCAGAUGUAAGACUUACCUUCACUAAUGCAAUGACAUACAACCCUCCAGGCAAUGAUGUCCAUGGAAUGGCAGAUACUCUGAGCAAGUUUUUUGAAGCGAGGUGGAAGUCUGUUGAGAAAAAGUUGGCCACAGCUGAUAUAAGGAACAAAAAACAAGAAGCAACCAAGCCAGUACAGCUGCAAAAGAAUAGGAAAGCCUCGCCCAUGAGGAAUAAAACUUUUGAUCCUGCAAUUGCCAAGCCCAAGAUGACAGAUGAGGAGAAAAUUAGUCUUGGCAGGCAUGUGGAGUCAUUGCUAUCUGACAUGCCUGUGCACAUUGUCGAGUUUUUGAGAAGGCAUUGUGAUCCUUCAAAUCAGUCAAGUGAGGAUGGUGUUGAGAUUGAUUUUGCUACCCUCAGUGAUGAUACGUUGUUUGAGUUGAGGCAGCUUUUAGAUGAUGACUUGCAGAAGGAGCAAACUGGUCAGCCUGCGACAACCAAGGCUUGUGAGAUGGAGAUGUUGAAUGAAUAUGGCACUAGCAACUCACCAAUGAACCAUCCUUCCAAAGGCAUGGAACCUGCUGAUGAAGAUGUAGACAUUGGUGGUAAUGAUCCUCCUAUUCCAUGCUAUCCUCCUCUUGAGAUUGAGAAAGAUGCAGCACUCAAAAGCAGCAAAUGCAGCAGUUCAAGCAGUUCCAGUAGUGAUUCCGACUCUUCCAGCGAUUCAGACUCUGGAAGUUCGUCUGGAAGCGACUCAGAUGCUCAAAUAACUAGUCCACCAAAAACUGCCAAGGAACAUGUUCAGCCAGAGUCAGUUAUCACCAAAGGAAAGAGUGAUAUGCAUUCUCUUGAUGUGAACGGAUCUGUCGAUGGUCUGGAUCAAUUUAAACAAGACACUCAUCCUAUAACAGUAUCUGUUGAUAUGAAUGGAAAUAAAGAGGGGGAGAAUGCUCCAUGUGAGAGGCAGGUCUCCCCAGAUAAGCUCUACCGAGCUGCUUUAUUGAGGAGUCGUUUUGCUGAUACAAUACUCAAAGCCCGUGAGAAGGCACUUGACCAGGGUGAAAAGCUGGAUCCUGAAAAGCUGCGACGUGAAAAGGAGGAACUUGAAAGGCAGCAAAGGGAAGAAAAGGCUAGAUUACAAGCCGAAGCUAAAGCUGCUGAGGAAGUGCGCAGGCGUGCCGAAGCAGAAGCCGCUGCAGAAGCCAAGAGAAAAAGGGAGCUUGAGAGAGAGGCUGCGCGGCAGGCCUUGCUAAAGGUGGAAAAGACAGUGGAGAUCAAUGAGAACAGUUUGAUUCUCCAUGACCUUGAAAUGCUUCGGACAGUACCAGCAGAAAACGGCUCUGAAUCCUCCAUCAUCAACGAGACAAGCCCAGACAUUUCUCCGGACAGCUUGUUCAACCUCGGAGGUGGCAAUGCAUUGGAGCAACUUGGAUUGUAUAUAAAGCCAGAUGACGAAGAAGAGGAAGAAGGCGAGCCGGGUAAUUCUCCUAUGCAUGAUGACAACCCGGAGGAAGGCGAGAUUGAUUAAUCAGUGUCUUUCUCUGAAUCAACAGAUCUCUUGCUUGAUGAACAAUGAUAGAGUUUUAUUAGUUUUCUUCUUUCCCUUUGUGUGUGUGUGUGUGUGUGUGUGUGUGGCUGUGAUUUUGACAGCCUUCAAUUUUGGGAAGUUUUACAUGGUAUUGUUGGAUAGACCUCCAAAAA